AUGGCCGACGCAAAAGUUGAAGCGCCGUUUGCCCCAGAAGCCAAUCUACAAUCCGAAAUCGGUGACCAAGAUGUCCAACUCACAAUAACUUAUCAUGGUGACCCGAUUACCUUCGGUUUCCCUCCAGACGGGACUAUUGAGGACCUCUCGACGGCAGUGGCCGAAAAUCUCCUCGUUCCGGCAUCAAAUCAGAAAUUCAUGAUCACGCCUAAAGUCGGAGUUCUGCGACCACCGUUCAAGGAUCCGAGUCUGUCUCUCUCGUCACUAUCAUCCAAGAAGAUAGUUCUGAUGGGCAGCACUUCUGCAGAAGUCGCAUCAGUCGAGACGUUAGUCGCUGAAUCCCGGUCACGCCCGAUUCGGCGGAGUGGAAGAGUUGGAGGAGCAACAGGCCCUAUCCAGCCCGCGGCACCCGCACGGCGACGAGAUUGGAAGCGCGAGCAAGAAGAAGCCAUAUAUACAUUCACAACACUCCGGCCUCUGCCAUACCUACCACGGCCUGAGCGCUCUGAGCGCUUUCUCGCGCGCCUUCGCGACGAUCCAGGCAUCAAAGCGACCAUGCGGAAACACAAAUGGACUGUGCCGCUCCUGACGGAAAUGGAUCCCGCGGCACAUACAACGCAUGAGUCGCGAACACUCGGACUGAACCGCAACCGCGGAGAAGUAAUCGAACUGCGUCUGCGCACCGACGCUUACGACGGAUACCGCGACUACCGGACCAUCCGCAACACGCUGUGCCACGAGCUCGCGCACAAUGUCUGGGGAGAGCACGACCGCAACUUCUGGGAACUGUGCAAGCAGAUUGAGCGCGAAGUAGAAAGCGGAGAUUGGCGAUCCGGUGGACAUGCUCUGUCCGACCAGGAAUUUUAUAAUCCGGACGACGACCAGCUGGACGCGACAGACCAGGUUGCUGAUCAUGGCGGUUGGAGCGGUGGCGAGUUUGUUCUCGGCGCUGGUUCUGCGGCUGCCACGCAACAGCCGUCCGGUGCAGGAGCACAGAAUACUAAUCCUCUUAGUCGUCGAGAAAUUCUUGCCCGCGCUGCGGAAGAGCGGUUCAAGCAGCAGCAACAACAUGGCAAGCCUGGAAACGAAGCAGGCUCGUAG